AUGUGUGUGUACAUGCCGGCGCCCGCCCUGCGUUUCUCGGUCUGCUUGCUUCUUACGUCCGUCGCUGAGGCGCACGUGUUCGCCCAUGCGCGCGCCAUCGCCGUGGCCAGCGUGCGGCACACAGGCAGCGUCGCGGCAGCUCCGGCAGCUGCCCUGGACGGCAACCCAGUGUCGCGUAGGCUAUUGCUCCGCGGUGCUGUGUGGGCCACCGGCGUGUACAGUAGCGUUGGAUCGGCCGCCUGCGCGUCGGCGUACACCGUCAGCCAAGUCAAACCAAGCGAGAAGGAGACGUACGAGGUGGCUCAGAAGGGCGAUGGAGCGCUCCGCGUCCUUUGGGUUGGAGCCGGCAGCUUGAGCGGCGUGUUCAAGGGGCUGUUCCCGGCCGGCAAUGAGGUAGUCGCAGUGGAUCUCGUUCGGCCAGACCGAACGGACUAUAGCGCCGCCACAACCUACGCAGCUGAGCACGGCGUGUUUCUCACCUUUGAGCAGGGCGACGCGACCAAGCUCAAGUUUCCCGACGGGUCGUUUGACGUGGUGGUGAGCUCCAUGUUUCUGUGCCAGGGGAGCGAGCUCGAUGUUCCCGUGCCGAAUUGGGAGGAGAUCGUCGUCUCUGAGAUCCAGCGCGUCCUGAAGCCAGGCGGGCGCUUCGGUUUCUACGAGCACAUUGAGGACAUCGACAAAGUGAUCGUUGACAAGGUAUUUGGCGAGCGGUCUGUCAUUCGGGUCCAGGCUUACCCUGAGAGAACCAACGUGAUUGCUGGAGUUGUGAGGAAAGUGUAA